AUGCCAGCAUUUGAGGAUAAAUUUCAACCACCAUUGGAGAAGAAGACGUACGUUUUAGAAAAGUGUCAAUUUGAUCAGUCGGCUUUCCCUCAACAUCUUCAGGAGGGUUUCUAUAAAAUCGAUAUGGCCGGUAGUGGAGAUGUGGAAUGGCAUUUUAUAUUUGUUGUGGAGCAAACAUGGAAAUAUGAAUUGAAAUCCAUUGAAACGUAUUCAUCUGAUCCCGAGAAGGUUACUUUUGGUGAAUGCAAAUUGGAGCGUAUUAGUCGUGGCGUUUUCGCUGUUAUGGGUAGUUUUGAUAUUCAAUAUGAUGUACAUGAGGGUGAUUCGAAUACGGUUGAAGUCAAUUCAUUUCGCAGUGCCAAUGGCAAAGACUAUCAUCCGUUGCCUUUUAAAACGCCUCGUCAACAUAUUUUCGACUAUUUCAACACUUUCUACAAGGACUAUGCUAUGGAUAUUUUAAAGGAUUGUUCCAAUUUACCAGCAUUUGAAGAUAAAUUUGAGCCACCAUUUGAGAGGGGUGUAUACUAUUUGGAUAAAUGUCAAUUCGAUCAGGAAUCUUUUCCACAACAUUUGCAAGAGGGUUUCUAUAAGGUCAACAUGAGUUUCCAUGGGGAUGUUGAAUGGUAUAUUGUUUUUGUUGCCGAGGUGCAAAGCAAAGUCUAA